UUCUGCCGCUGGGGAACUAGGGAAAUGCCCAAUUCCACUUGAAACAAGCGGGACCUGGGUAUCAUGGCUACCUCCUCUGUGUCCAAGGUGAGUGGGAGGAGGGGGUGCGUCUCCGGGUACGCAGUGGACGUACCACUGGCCCAUUCCGCUCCCCCCCCCCCCGCCCAGCUACGCCCUCUUCCUCUUCCUCCUGCCUUGGACGGGUUCUUUCUGUCACUAUGUCCCAGACUUGUCGCAUCGAGCCUGGCAGAAGGAGCUGAGGGAUGGGGCAGCCAGGGUUGCUUUGUGUUUAAACCAGAUUUUAAGAGGAAAAAGAUCUCUUUUCCAAUAGCUGACUAUUUCAAUGAAGGUGAAAGUCUUUCUGAAGACAGUAAACUACGCUUUGACACUUGUCAGUUGUUAUGGCAACAGAUGAAAUCUGAAGCUGAGGAACUACAAGAGGAAUUGAAUAAAAAUCUAUUUGACAAACUAAUAGAAUUUCUGGAAAAAUCUCACUUGGAGUUUCGAAAGAAGUCAACAAACUGGAACUAUCAAAUAAAAUCCAGGGAAAUUCCAACUGCUGCUCUUGUCCUAGGUGUGAAUGUAACAGAUCAUGACUUAACAUUCAAAGGCCUAACUGCAAUGCUUAGAGAUACUAUUACUCCAUAUGUUGUCUCAUUGCAAGCUAAAGAAUGUCCAGAUGUAAAGCAUCUUUUGCAGAAACUGGCAUCACAGGUGAUGGGAUGCCAUAUAGACAUGGAAUCUACAGAGGAGGAGGAGGAGGAGUGUGUUCAGUUAUCCCAGAAAAAAAUGCAUUAUUCAAUGGCCUUUCUCUCUACUUGGUACAGAAAUGUCACACAGAAGAAAGGCUCUGAAUCUGUAAACAAAAAAAUAACUUCUUCCAGUCAAUGGAAGAAAUCUCCUCCUAUUGUGAUCAUCUUGAAAGACAUAGAAAGUUUCUCAACAAAAGUACUUCAGGACUUCAUAAUUAUCAGCAGUCAGUACCUACAUCAACUUCCAAUAGUACUUGUUUUGGGAAUUGCCACUUCUCCAAUCAUUAUCCAUCGAUUGCUUCCUCAUGCAGUGUCUUUUCUAUGUAUAGAACUACUACAGUCAUUGUCUUGCAAGGAGCACCUGGCUAAACUAUUGGACAAGCUACUUCUUACUACUCGAUUUCCUUUUAAACUGAAUGAAAAAGCAUUACAAGUUCUGAUCAAUAUAUUUUUAUACCAUGAUUUUUCAGUUCAAAACUUUAUCAAAGGACUCCAGCUGGCUAUAUUAGAACAUUUCUAUUCUCAACCACUCAGCAUUUUGUGCUGUGAUCUUCCAGAAGUGAAGAGAAGAAUACAUUCUUUAUCAGAAGACCAAUGUGAAAGUAUUCGGCGCCUUCCCUCUUUUAUGAGGUACGUAGAGAAGCAAACACCAGAAAAACAAGUUGCAUCAUUGACCAAUGAAAGAUUUCUAAAGGAACAAACCAUGAGAUUUCUGGAAGAGCUACACAUUUAUCAUGAGAAUUUCUUCAUAGUUCUGAAGUGUCUCCAUGCAUUCACAUCUUCCCUUCCCAAAUAUCCCUUGGGACGCCAGAUCAGAGAGCUGUAUUGUGCAUGUUUAGAAAAGAAUAUUUGGGAGUCACAAGAAUAUGAGCCUGCUUUGCAACUUCUCAGGAUGCUGGCUAAAGAUGAGCUGAUGGCUAUUCUUCAUAAAUGUGUAGAAGUUUUUAGAUCCUCUCCUGGAAAACAGCUUGGCAGCACUGCAGAGAAACUGAAGGAGUUCUUGGCCCAGUUUCAGAGUCUUGAAGAAACAGAAUCCAAUGAGGAAGAGAAUGGGUCAGGAUCACAACAGAAAGGACUCCAGAAGACAGACCUCUAUCACCUUCAGAAGUCCUUGUUGGAAAUGAAGGAAUUAAGAAGUUCAAAUAAGAAGCAAACCAAAUUUGAAGUACAACGGGACAAAGUUGUGGACAUGAUCGACAACCUAGUGAGAAAAUACCUGUUCCCUCCUGACACACAGACGCUGUAUGAGGUGGUAUAUUUUACUGGGGCUCACACACUGCGUGAGCACUUGAACGCUGCUCCCCGAAUUGCUCUUCAUACUGCACUCAACAACCCUUAUCAUUAUCUGAAGAAUCAGGCUCUGAAAAGUGAAGAUGACUCCAUUCCAAAUGUAGCACCUGAUAUCUGCAUAGCAUACAAACUUCAUCUGGAAUGUAGUAGGCUCAUCAACGUCGUGGACUGGUCAGAGGCUUUUGCAACAGUGGUAACAGCUGCUGAAGAAACAGAUCCAAAUUCCACAGCCUCAGAAGAGAUAAAGGAAAUUAUCCAUGCUCGAUUUAUUAGAGCUGUAUCUGAACUAGAACUGUUAGGGUUCAUAAAGCCAACCAAACAGAAGACGGAUCACGUAGCAAGGCUGACUUGGGGAGGCUGUUAGAGGGCAAGUCAGCAGUGCCAGGAGAGCAGUGCUGCUUGUUUUGUUCUCUGGUAAUUCUGUGGCAUGUUUUUUUUUUUAAGUCAUUACAAGAUUGUGAGUCAAUCCCUUGUGAACUUAUGAAGUAUGUGUGACAUAAUAAAGCCCUUUGACUAAUGUAAA